CCUUCGCCGCCGCCCGAGCCCGCGCCCGCGCGCCCGCGCCGCGACGAGUACGACUCCAGCGCCACCGAGACCGCGGACGAGGAGAACGACGCGCCGCAAGCCAAGCAGGUCCCUCCCCCCGCGGUGGCCCCGCGGUGGCGCCCGCGCGCCCGCGUCGGCGGCGCCCGCUUUACUACGGAACGGGCCGGGCGCGCCGCCGCUCACCGUUAGAGACGUCGUGCUGAAUAUGAUAGAGAUCAGCCUGCUGAAGAACAACCAGCCUGUCCCGCCUAGUGUUAAACCCAAGGUGACGACCUCCCACGCGCCACGAGAAUCACUAGCCACCCUCAGCGUGGUGAACAGCGGCCACGUCAGCGCCCCCCCGCGCUCGCCCAACCGCCCCGCCACCAUCACCCCCCUCCAGCCCGACAACAAAGAGGGGGUGGUGGUGCUACACAUAGAGCAGGACCAGAGGGAAAGACCUGAACCUUUACUGGAUCUGAGUGUCAAGAAACCGAGACACGAUCACGCGUUUCCUCAACCUGGAAAGACGGUCUCAAUAUCGCAAACGCAAUACCGCAACUCGGACUUCCAACAACAGUACCGUCCUCUCGAGCGCGAGUCGCCCACCCUCUACAACUCCAAACCGAAGCCCGUGGCCGCCGCCCCGCGCCCCGCGCUCAAGCCCGCCCCCAACCCCAAGGGCUCCAUAACAUUAGGAACACCACUAGAGUCCCGAUACGAGCCUCGACGGACCCCGCCGGACACCAAACCCGGGUCUAUAACAGCCGGGACGCCGGUGCACGGCACACGGCACCACCUGCCGGACAAGCAGCGGUUCCACGAGAUGUACAACAAGCGGAAGAGCCCGGGUGGGGCGUAUUAUCCGGGCGCGCAGAAUGCCCAGCGACCGCAGAGUCCGCAGUCAUUCUCGCCGAACGCAGCCUUCGGCCGUUAUUCCGGCAUGGACCAACGGCAAAUCAUCAUGGCAGACUUCAUCACAUCGAAACAAAUGCCAGGCGGGGCGAGAAGAGAACGCGAGAGACCAGCAUCACCUUACUCCCAGCCUUCAGUCAUAAGACAUUCGUACCACGUCCACCCGCCGCCUCCACCCGGUCAUGAAGCGUUCACGUCGCUGGUCGACGCCGCCGUGUCCGCCUCGGCGCUGCCCGUGCCGCGCGGCCAGGCGCCCGACGCCAAACAGGACGCCAAACACGACUUGAGGCUACACGAGAAGAUGCAACGCGAGCGCGACAUGGGCAUCGUGCACAAGUACCACCACCCGCAGCAUCCCCACCAUCCGCAGCACAUGCAGUACCAGUCGGUUAUGGACCGCGAGAGGAGAGGAAUGCAAGCGCAACUACUUGAGAGAGACAGACAGCUGGCCUUACAGAGCAGAGAAAGGGAACGCGCGAUAGCAGCGAUGCACGAGCGAGAGAGACACAUGGCGAUAGAGCAGCAACACCAGCAACAGCAACAGAUGAUGAGCGAGAGGCAAAACAUGAUACAACAGCAACAACAACAACAGGCGCAGCAGCAACAGCAACAACAACAGGCGCAACAACAACACCAACAGCAGCAGGCGCAGCAAGCCCAGCAACAGCAGCAGCCUCAGCAACAGCCGGCCAGCUCCAACUCGGACGGCGAGAGACGGUUGCUGCAGCCCUACAAGCAACAACCGCCGAUGCACCGCCACCCCGCCUCGCCUCACCUCGAGACUUGGAAGGAGACGCGGCCUGCGCCUGCGCCGCCCGCGGCCGCGGCGCGCACGGAGGGCACGCUGACAGCCGCGUCGCUCAUCGACGCCAUCAUCACGCACCAGAUCAGCCAGUCCGCCACCGACCAGCGCUUCCCUCCCACGAUAAUUCGCGAGUGCUCACCGACGCUACGCGAUGACCGACAGUCUCCUCCGCGAGAAGAGCCACCGGCGCACACCGCCAGCAUCAAACUAGGGGACCUGGCUUCUAAUAUCAUCACGAGGGACUUCUGCAGUCCUACGCAACCGCCCCAUCAUCAGAACAGCAGAUACAACGUGGGCGCGAGCGCGGGCGCGGGCGCGGGCGCGGGGGCGGGGGUGCCGACGGCGGAGUACGGCGGCGAGCGCGAGCGGGAGCGGGACGAGUGGCGCAAGCGCGACGCGCCCAAGCACGCGCCCUACCUCGAGCCCGUCAGCCCGCCCGACAACCACCACCCCAACAGAGCGAACAGCACUCGUCGCUUCUCCGGCUGCAACUCGUCCACGAUGCUGACGCCGUUCGACUACGUCACCAACCGCAUCGUCGAGGUCAUGCGCAGCGACGCCGACGAGCGGAAACCCGCGCUCGCCUUCCCCGCCACCGCUUAUGCGUACCCUUACUCGGCGCUCAAUGUGCCCGCCACCACGGCCGGGCCUGUGUCCAGCAGUGCACCUUCCACUAGUGACGGCGGUCCGACCGGUGCGCUGGUGACGUCCAUCGCGCCGACAACAGCGGCGCCCGUCGCGCCCGAGCCCGCGCCGCUCAUGUCCGCGCGCUACGAGCCGCUCUCCGACGAGGACUGACCCCGCACGCUGCACGCGCGCCGCACGCCCGCCGCCGUCUGCUGAGGACGAGAGAGAUCACUAGUGCCGGCAUCUGCUGACCACACUGUGUCCGAGCGGGGGUGAGAGAGACAACCAGUGCGACCCGUGUCGGCUUUUGGUCGUAACUGAAUGUCGACUGACACCGCGUAAACCAUACACUGAGGAGGAUAGCACCCGAGUGGGAUGACACACCGUGCAGGAAGACGCUAUACCCGCGGGAGAUGAGAUCACCAUGUUGGCCAAAUCUGCUGAACGGCCACAGGCCGAAGGUCACAACCGAACGUAGACUGACAUCGCUUCCGUCACACACUCUACCAGCCAGCCGCCGUCUGUUGUUUGUGCUGCACCUUCAUGGGGUGAGAGAGAUGACCGGUGGAGCCCCUGGCUAAGCCACCUGAUAUGAGCCACUGCCAACCCGUCCGUCUACUGAGGACACUAUACUCUCGUGGACUGAGAGGUGACCGGUGAAGGCAUGGCCAAGACACCGGUGACAGCUACUGAGCACAUAAGUGACCCACUACUGACCGACCGUCUGCUGAGAACGCUAUACCCUCAGGAGAAGAGAGAUAUGGUUGGCCAAGAUCUAUUGAGUGACCACAGGCCGAAGGUCGACCGAGUACCUUGGUGACUUCAGAAAAUGACUGCUCGGAGAACAAAUAACCACCCCCAGGAAGCAAUGGUCGCGGUGAACGACUUCACCAAAGGAUAAAAGGCACUAAUACUGACCUAGAGAGGAAGCGAUGUCUGGCUACCCUGAAACUCGAGGAAGAGAUCCUUAAGACUAGGAAAUUGCCACAUGAUCGGCUAAAGUCAACAUCGAGGCCAGAGAAGAACAAUCACUAUUAAAAAAUGGUAUUGCCGACAAGCAUAAAUUGAAGCAAACGAAAUAUCUACUGAGCGAUGAAUGUUUGCUUGUAAAAAUAAUUUGGAGUAAUUGAGUGAACCUCACACCGACUUCAACUGAACGGAACUAAGCUCUCGUUGGAAACAGUGGUUUUUGUGAUUUCACACAGUAGAGCUUUUAAUAACCAGUCCUACUGAAGAAUCUUAAAUACUCAGAUUUAAACUUAAGGACUGACACGGCAGUAAAAUUAUACGGAGUUGGACUUGGACGUUAAACUAGCAGCCGUCCUGACGUAAAGAUUUUAAACUUUGACUUCGCCAACCGGCUUGGCUUUAUGUAAGAUAGAUACUUCGUCACGGACGUUAAGUGACAAGUGAGUGUUACGGACAAGUGUAAAUUUUAAAGUGUUAGGCGAUUAAAGCAGGGAAUAUAUAUCGAGUUGUGGCAAGCUUUAAGUGUACGAGGAAUCUGUGGACGCUUCUAUAGUGUAUAUUGUAUUUAUUUCAUUUUGUCCAUCGCUAGGGGCUUUGAAAUUUGGUUGGUUAUGUUUGUACGAAUCGGUGUUGUAAAGUGCCCCGGCGUCACUGCCACUCGUUGGCACGAGAUACAGCGGGGCUGACGCUCCUACAUCACUGCACAUUUUAUAUUUGUGAAUAUUACAGCUUAAUUUUCAUCAUAGAUACAGAAAGCAUUGCCUGCAGGCGCAGCGUUAUUUAGACGAUGAAUAACUAAGUUAGUAGUUAUUUCGGUAGCCCGGUCAGUGCAAGUUGUAAUUGUCACGUUCUAAUGAGACCUUUUCUGAUGGGGUUAUCAAAAUCAUUGCUAUUUAAUUUUGUUUCAAAUUUGAAUUCUAAUCGAUAUAACCAGCUGAUACAUAUUGAAUCGCGGUGGUGUACGAGGCCAGCCCCGCAGCCAGUCUUCCGUCGCUCGUCGUCAGCGAGCCGACACGCGACACAGUGCGCGUGCGCGUGCAGUCCUCGCAGGUUCCUCGCCGCUCCGGGCCGCAGUCGCUCCCUGUACAUACGCGCGGCGCCGGCCUCUACAUUAGUACACGGUAUCGGUAACGUCAUCAUGUAUACAUUCUGUGCAUUUGUAAUUAUAGUUAGGUAAGCGAUAGAGAUUUGUUUCCGUUAGCUAGCGGCCCGCGGCCACUGCGGACCGCGCCGCCGCCGGCCGGCUGUCCCCCCCCCCUGCGCCCGCUCCAGCGCCGCCGGCGACACCGAGUGAUCCCACUUGGAACUAAACAUGUGCGGAUCUCGUGUAAAAACAGCCGAUUUUGACUGCAACUUGCAUGGAAGCCGCGUACCGAUGUAAAGCGUGCGGGCGCGCGGUUCCUAUGCCAUUUGCGGUUGGAAUCUGUCUGAAUCAGGCCUAAGGGCCCGCCGUUAAGUUUUACAUGAGCAAAUUUUGAAUUACGAACGAGAGUUGUAUAUUGUUCGAAGUUCGAUUACUGGGUCUAAAACGCUGCUUAAACAUAAGACUCGCUUGUGUUAGCUUAAGCUAUAGUUAGCUUGAUCUAACUUGGUGUUUGAAACACGACGCGAGCGGGUUAAGUCGUCGGCGGUCAGCUUGAGCGGUAGCCGCGCCAGGGUUGAGCUCUUGACCGACUCGCUGAAGUGUCGCAGAGGGCCGGGACGCGACUUCAGCUUAAACCGGCCCGAGCCGUCGGACGCCACCAUUUAUUGUAAUUUAUACUUAUUAUUUUUGCAAUUUAUAAAUCGAUUACUUAUACAUUUUUACAAUUCCUGUUAAUUCAAUAAGAGUUAACGUUUUUUUAAUCAAUAGUAAUUGUAUAAAAACUUCAAUAUUUAACAAAAUUAGGGGUAAAUAUCGCCGCUUUAUUUUAUAUGAACUAGCUUCAGACAGAAUGAAAUCAGUUGCUUGGAUGAAUGGAGACCUAGGAGAGGUCGCGUGUUGUUGUGUUGUAUGUUGUUGUAUAUACGCGGGUUUAUUUGUAUAUACGCGAGGUGGCGCCUCCGACGGCCGGCGCGUUGUAAAUGUUUUAUAUUAUGUAAAAACGACUGAUUAUAUUAAAGUUCUGUUGAGCCGGCCGGGCGCCGCGGCGCGCCCUGUCAUUGUGAUUUCUUUAUAAAUUGUAAUAUUAAUAAUGUAAUUUAAGUAGCCGAAAGAAAAGAUAAUCCUGUAAAGUCCGAGUAAAGCGAAAACAAAGUUUUGGAGGACUCAAUCAAUAAAUAUGAUGCAAAUCGA